GUCAUCGUACCAGGUCGCAGUGGAAGGGGUCCCUCUGUAAACAAUUCAAGCUCUGCAUGGACCAAGAUGAAGAUACCCAGGAAGUGCUAUCUGAUGUACAUGUGCACAUGACACACACUGUCAUAACACACACCUACAGCGAUACUACCAACACUGUUGCAGUUUCACGAUUUUACCUUAAAGACAAGACAUUAAAUGAAAAGGGUAACAAUGUAAACAGAUUACAAAGUGCUCACAUUGAAGUCGAUGACGAUGGAGAUCUGGAUGUUACCAGGAAACCCAGUGAGGAUGUUGUAGCUAUUACUAUUGAGCAUGCUUUGCAAACUAAGCUUGAGGAUGUUGGAAAACAGGUUUGGCAAGGGUGCCUUCUGCUGGCAGAUUUUAUAAUUCACAACCAAUCAGAUUUCAGCAAUGCCACCAUCCUUGACCUUGGAGCUGGAGUUGGCUUAACCAGCAUCAUUGCAGGGAUGUUUGCAAGAAAAGUGUUUUUGACAGAUGUAGGAGCAGCCAUCUUGAAUAUGGCAGAGAAGAAUGUUGCACUGAACCAGCAUCUGUUUCCACAUGGCAGUUCAGUUUGUGUCAGACAUUUGGACUGGCAGCAAGCAAACCCAUUUACUCCAACAGAAGAUGGUCAUUCGAAUGACACCAGUAUCUACCAAUUCAAAGAAACUGACCAACCGGAUCUCCUGGAUGUCACCAUCAUGCUAGCAGCAGAAGUUAUAUAUGACCUGGACCUAACGGAAAGCUUUUUCAGAACAAUUUUGAAUCUAAUGUCGACAUCACCCAAAACUUUGUACAUCAGUCUUGAAAAAAGGAUAGUGUUCACCACACAUGACUUGGAUGUUGCGAGCCCUGCGUAUGAGCACUUCUGUGACUGUCUUGAUGAGCUCGUGAAGCGCAGUGAUGAUCAAUGUGCGUUCGAGUACAGUUGCAUCCCGUGUGAUUUCCCACAGUUCUUCAACUAUAACAGGACAAAAGAGCUGGAACUUUGGAAAAUUGUGUCAAGACAUGGAAAGACUGAUAAAUGACGCAAACAUCAAAGCAACCAAAUUUCAUCUGAUGGCACCCACCAGACUGACAAUACUUGUUCAGGUUGCUGUUUACAAGAUCAUCUUCAAUUGAAUGUGCUGAAGGCCACUAAGAAAUGAGCAGGGGCUAGUAGAGUCCAGUCAGCACCUAGUGACUAUCAGUCUUAUUAACACCCAGUGACUACUAGUGUGUUCAACACCCAAUGACUACCAGUCUGCUCAACACUCAAUGACUACCAGUCUGCUCAACACUCAAUGACUACCAGUCUGCUCAACACUCAAUGACUACCAUUGUGUUCAACACCCAGUGACUACCAGUUUGUCCAACAUCCAGUGACUACCAGGUUGUUCAACACUUAAUGACUGCCAGUCUGUUCAACACCCAGUGACUACCAGUCUGUUCAACACCCAGUGACUACCAGUCUGUUCAACACCCAGUGACUUCCAGUCUGUCCAACACUCAAUGACUACCAGUCUGUUAACACCCAGUGACUACCAGUGUGUUCAACACCCAGUGAUAACCAGUCCAACAUCCAGUGACUACCAGGCUGUUCAACACUCAAUUACUGCCAGUGUGUUCAACACCCAGUGACUACCAGUCUGUCCAACACUCAAUGACUACCAGUCUGUUAACACCCAGUGGCGACCAGUCUGUUCAAGACACUGUAACAACCAGUCCAAAAUCCUGUAACUACCAGUCUGUUCAAGACACUGUAACAGCCAGUCCAAAAUCCUGUAACUACCAGUCUGUUCAACACCCAGUGACUACCAGUCUGUUCAACACCCAGUGACUACCAGUCUGUUCAACACUCAAUGACUACCAGGCUGUUCAUCACCCAGUGACUACCAGUCUAUUCAACACUCAAUGACUACCAGUCUGUUAACACCCAGUGACUACCAGUGUGUUCAACACCCAGUGACUACCAGUCUGUUCAACACUCAAUGACUACCAGUUUGUUAACACCCAGUGACGACCAGUGUGUUCAACACCCAGUGACGACCAGCCUGUUCAACACCCAAUGACUACCAGUCUGUUCAAAACCAGAGUCCAACACUCAGUUCUAAAAAGUGCACAUCCAGCUUAUGGACCACAGAUUAUUGAGUAAUGAAGUGUGAAUAUGUCUUCUUGUUAGUUACAAAGUGACUUUAGGUUCAGUGUUAUCUUCAUGAAGAAACCACUAGAUUACGAUUCGAAAGGCAAAUAUUGCACAUUAUUAUCCCACUGAUACCAUAUAUAAGUGGAUGAUUUAGCACUGACAAACCAAUAACUUCAUCAGUACUUAUUAUGAUGUCAUCACAAAUAUACAUCUUCUGUUUUCUUUGUUAAAUUUUGAAAUAAAAUGUUCUUUUAA